AUGGCUCCCAAGGUUGCUAUCGUCUACUACUCGAUGUACGGCCACAUCCUCAAGCUGGCCGAGGCUGAGAAGAAGGGUAUCGAGUCUGCCGGUGGCCAGGCCGAUAUCUUCCAGAUCGCCGAGACCCUCCCCGAGGAAGUCCUCGCCAAGAUGCACGCCCCUCCCAAGUCGGACUACCCCGUCAUCGAUGGCGAGAAGCUCAAGGAGUACGAUGCCGUCCUGUUCGGUAUCCCCACCCGUUACGGCAACUUCCCUGCCCAGUGGAAGGCUUUCUGGGAUAGAACCGGUGGGAUCUGGGCCACCGGUGGCUUCUGGGGCAAGUAUGCUGGUCUCUUCGUCUCCACUGGUACCCUCGGUGGUGGCCAGGAGUCGACAGCCAUUGCUGCCAUGAGCACCCUCGCCCACCACGGCUUCAUCUACGUUCCUCUCGGCUACAAGACCGUCUUCCCUCAGCUGUCGAACCUGGAGGAGAUCCACGGUGGUAGCGCCUGGGGUGCUGGUACCUUCGCCGGUGCCGAUGGUUCCCGCCAGCCCACCGCUCUUGAGCUCUCCAUCGCCGAGGCUCAGGGCAAGGCCUUCUACGAGACCGUCGCCAAGCCUGUUGCCGCGUCGCAGCAGGCCAAGACGGAGGCAACUCCCAAGCCUGCUGAAAAUGGACAGGGCAAUGGACAGGGUACACAAGGAGCACAGAAAGAGAAGAGCAACGAGGGACCCUGUGGGCUUCCCAAGUGCACUAUCUCCUGA